UGGUCGCUCGAGAGCCUCAAAAACCUCCGAGUGGUGUCGCAGCUGCAAGGCACGGCAGCCAAUGGAGCUACGACCGACCCAACUUGGCUAACCCCUAGGUGGGGUGAACAAUGGUGGGGGGCAUCCUUGACCAGACAGACGAAGCCAGGCACAUCUUGCCCGUGA